UUUUUAAUUAAAAAUACAUAUAUUAACGAAAAAUGUCUGAGUUUUCUAUUAUUCUUUCUGUCAAAAGCUCUGGUGCGGCAUCGUAGUGAGUGAGCCCGUCACUCAGUAGAUCAAUGGCGGAGAUCGAGCAGACGGCGGCGGAGGUGUACGCGCCGAGGUCUGUCCAACUAUGGCGAGCAUUGAUGAACUGGCUGGAUUUCUUCUUCGAGAUCAUUCUGCAGAUCCUGAGAGGCACGCCCUGUGUACCUCAGGUGCUUUCCUGCAUCGGUCUCAGCCAUAAUCGGAUUCUCUCUUCUUCUUCUCCUUCCUUCAAGCCCUUGCCCCUUGUCGAACUCCCUCUCUGCCUCGAAGAUGGUGUCUCCGCCGCCGACGCCCACGAUCCAGGACAUGGCUCUGAUCCUCUUGAAAAGCUCACUGUUGUUCUCGACUUGGAUGAGACCUUAAUUUGUGCAUAUGAAACUUCUAGCUUGCCCUCCAUGAUUCGAACUCAAGCCACUGAUGCUGGGUUGAAGUGGUUUGAGUUGGAAUGUGUGUCUUCAGACAAGGAAUGUGAUGGAAAACCAAAGAUAAGUUAUGUAACAGUGUUCGAACGUCCUGGUUUGCACGAAUUCUUAAAACAGCUUGGUGAAUUUGCAGUCCUUGUACUAUUUACUGCUGGUCUCGAAGGGUAUGCUAGACCACUUGUUGAUAGGAUUGAUGUUGAGAAUCGAUUUAGCCAUCGUCUAUAUCGUCCUUCUACAGUAAGCACGGAAUUUCGAGAACAUGUGAAGGACCUAUCUUGUAUUUCUAAAGAUCUCUCUCGAGUUGUCCUUGUCGAUAACAACCCAUUUAGUUUUCUGCUGCAGCCAUUGAAUGGUAUACCCUGUGUUCCAUUUUCUGCUGGACAGCCAUAUGAUGAUCAGCUUUUGGAGGUCUUGCUUCCCCUCCUCAAGAACCUUUGUCAACAAAAGGAUGUUAGGCCUGUGCUUCAUGAACGAUUCCACAUGCCUGAAUGGUUUCAAAUGCAUGGGAUUCCCUCAUCUAACUUCAAAUAAUGUUGAUCAAGUCUUUCAAUUCAUGAUAAUCAAUUAUCAUAUCGGGAAGCCGUCGGUUCUUCUUGGAUUUCUUUCAUUAAUUUGCUCUUUGAAGUACUUCACUGGCAGAGGGCAGAUGCCUUCAGUUUUACAUGAACAAUUUGUGCAAGGCCAUUCAUGGAAUUUUGGAUUCUUAUAGAGCACCCAGGAGAGAAACAACUUCCCAGGGAGAUCACUUAAAAGUAAAAUGUAUCAUGGCAGGUUUUAACUCUAUUUUUUCUUUUGUAAUUAAGUAUUAUUUCUCCAAGCUGUAAAAUAAUUUUGAAAGGUUUGGAAUAUUUUUAUGGUUAAGAAUUCAUCUUUCAUUGUACUCUUGAAACGGGAAUGAACUAUUCUGAGCCUGCUUAUUUAA